AUGACUCAACUUCCGCCGCCAGCACAAUAUCCGCACAUCACCACAACCACCACCGUAACCGUCUUCGCAAUAGAAGAAGACUCGAGGGCUACGGCCAGUGACUGCAGCAGCGAGCAGCUUGCCAUCCCAAUAUCCGACAGAGCUACUACUAUGGCAACCCGGCAAGAUCAAGAAAGCGCUCCAGCUCCGCACGCGGCCGCGACACAGCCAGGUGCGCAAUCUACUCCACCAGCCGACACAGCACCAGCAAAAACGCCAAAGCCCGCCAGCGCUCAAAAACAGGCAAAGGAGAAACCAGCUGCUCCAGAUGGUACAGAGAAGCUCUCCGGCGCUGAACUGAAGAAACGAGCAAAAGCCGAGAAGGCUGCGAGGCGCGCGAAGGAGAAACAGGAGCGUCCUCGUCCCACAAGCGAAGACCAAGAAGACGAUACUGCUCCUUACGCUGCUUCUACUGGUUCAACCGUUUCUUCGGCUACUUCAACACCGCAAGGCCCGCUGACGCCAAAGAAGGCUGCCUCUGUUAAAUCGGAUACUUUGAAGUCGUCGAGCAAGUCGUCAACAACAAGGCAUGGAUCAGUACAUACGUUACCUACCCCGCCUGCGCCGGUAGAGUCGACAUCGUCUAAGAAGAAAAGGAGAGAAGUCGUUGACGAGAAGGUCGUUGCUGUCUUUGGCCAUUUGCCAUGGUAUACGAGGAGGACUGGAAUCGCGGGCGCAAACAAGGACGUUCAUCCUGCGGUGCUGUCUCUUGGAAUGCAGAUUAAGGACUACGUUGUUUGUGGGAGUAGCGCCCGCUGCGUUGCUACACUUUUAGCAUUCAAACGGGUUGUUCAAUCAUACAUUACACCUCCAGGAACAUCCCUAACCAGACACCUGACAACUCAUCUGGGCCACCAAAUUGCCUUUUUGGCAAGUUGCCGACCCCUUGCAAUCAGUCAGGGAAACGCAAUCCGUGCUCUAAAGCUGAUUGUCUCGUCCAUUGACCCUUCUGUUCCCGAGCCGGAUGCUAAACAAGAGAUUUAUGAUUUCAUCGACAAUUUUAUUCGUGAAAAGAUCACUGUUGCAGGCCAGGUCAUUGCCAACAGUGCUGCCGGGAAGAUUGAUGAUGGUGACGUUAUACUUUGCUUUUCCGGCAGCAGUGUGAUCCAGAGGACGUUGCUUACUGCACAUAAGCAAGGGAAAAAAUUCCGUGUCUCGAUCAUUGAUACCCGUCCUUUGUUCGAAGGGAGAAACCUUGCCCAAACCCUAGCUAAGGCUGGACUAAGGGUUCAAUAUUCUCUUAUCAACGGAAUAAGUCAGGCUGUCAAAGAUGCGACGAAAGUUUUCCUCGGUGCGCAUGCCAUGACCAGUAAUGGCGGUUUAUUCUCUAGGGUUGGCACUGCUCUAGUAGCUAUGUCGGCCAAGGAAAAACCGGGAGGUAUGAACAUUCCUGUCAUUGUAUGCUGUGAAACUAUCAAAUUCACCGACCGUGUUGCGCUCGACAGCAUAGUUGUCAAUGAGAUAGCUGAGGCCGAUGAGCUGGUUGCUGCCGAACCAUGUACAACACUUACAGACCUCCCUCCGCCAGUCACAAAUGUCAAGCCCGAAACAUCCAAGGGCUCUUCAUCUUCUGCUAUUGAAAUACCAGCACACUUGAAAAACCCAAAGCUUCCCCUCGAAAAUUGGCGCGAGAUGCCUAACCUGCAGCUCUUGAAUAUUAUGCACGAUCUUACCCCUGCGGAAUAUGUUGACAUGGUUGUCACAGAGAUGGGAAGUUUACCACCUAGCGCUGUCCCUGUUGUCCACCGAAUGAGCACAGAAAAUCAGAGCUAA